GAAUUAGGAGGGGGGGGGUUCGCUGCGUGGGCCUGGUCAACGUGCGCCCGAACUCAUGAACCCGGCGCACGCCGUAACUGUCGAAUGAGGGGAGUAGUUGAUGAAUUGGGGUGUUAACUUUCUUGUCUGUGGUGAGAGGAGGGGUUGGUUGAGAGAAAGGGAAAGCUUGAAACUUGGAAAAAGGACAGAUGCUUCUUUCCGACAGUUAGCGCCCCCCACCUUCCCUCAUAUCAAACACUCCUCCUCUGUCUCCUUCCCUCACCACAGUGUGAAUUUUUCGAUUAUAGAUGCUAACCCAUUUGCGGGUUUUGUUCAUUCGAGCUUGAUUUGAAUCAGUAUGACUGAGUUGUGAGAAGAGUUGGGAGUUCCAAAUCGCAAAAUUUGUUGAAUUGGGUAUUUUUGAUCACUAGUUUUGGGAGGAAUGUAUAUAGAGGAGUUGAGGGAAGGAGAGGUGGCGACUGGACAGGAUCAAUUGGUUCUUCAUGAGCCCUGUGGUAAUGGGUUAGUUGUUUCAGAAGCGAAGCGGGUUCUGGUGGGAGCCGGUGCCCGGGCUCUCUUCUAUCCGACCCUUCUCUACAAUGUCCUCCGGAACAGAGUUCAGGUGGAGUUCCGCUGGUGGGAUAGGGUUGAUGAGUUUGUACUGCUAGGCGCAGUUCCCUUUCCCGCUGAUGUCCCGCGCUUGAGGGAGCUCGGUGUGGGCGGGGUUGUGACCUUGAAUGAGCCUUACGAAACUCUAGUCUCCACAUCAUUGUAUCAUGCUUCUAAUAUUGAUCAUCUGGUGAUUCCAACGAGAGAUUAUCUUUUUGCUCCGUCAUUUUCUGAUAUUUGCCUAGCUGUUGACUUUAUACAUAAAAAUGCAUCUCUUGGGAGAACAACCUAUGUCCAUUGCAAAGCCGGCCGAGGCCGCAGCACAACCAUUGUCCUGUGUUACCUGGUCCGGCACAAACGAAUGACACCAGAAGCUGCAUAUAAUUAUGUGAAGUCAGUCAGGCCAAGGGUCCUCUUGGCUUCGUCCCAGUUGCAGGCUGUUCAAGAUUACUACCAUUCUAUAACGGUCAAGAGCAGAGGAAUCACCAAUGGCACAAAAAGUAUAUUAGGAAAACCAGGAAGCAUCAGAGAGGCCGACUUACCUGCCUUUGACGAUGGCUCUGUGGUGAUUGUGACAAAGUCUGACCUCGAAGGGUACAGUCCAAAGGACGAAGAACUCGGUAUCAUGAGCAUUGCUAGUCAGCUAGCCAUGGCAAGGCUUUCAUGCCUGUGGCCUAGCAGCUAUUCGUUUCAGAAGAAGCAAGGAAGCUCCGUUUCUGUACUGGGGAAUCUCGGUGUUGGUAUCAAGGUCUACUGAAAUUUCUCUUCUCUUAUCAAUAAGUUGUUGAGCUAUAGAUCUGGAUCGAUGAAUAAUGCCUAAAGGUGGCUUUAGUUUGAGAUUGGCUAUCCAGGAUUUGAGCAUAGGAAAAGUGUGAAUUUGAGUGAUUUAAAGAUCUAGUUCCACAUCUGCCUAAAACCUUUGGCAGAUGCAAAAAGGAGUGAUUCUUCGUUUCUUACUCUUUGUUUCUUCUUCGGGACAAUAAAUGUUGAGCCUGUGAAGUCAAAUAUUUCAAUUUUCCAGUAUCUUUUGAAGAC